AUGUCCAUGCCGGCGGAUCGCUCUCGUCCACGGGAAUCUUCCUCUCCUCCCUAUGGCGGCAUGGCAGCCGAGAGACUCGCCGACGAUCUGCUCGUCGAGAUCCUCGCGCGCGUCCCCGCAAGAUCAGUUUGCCGCUUCAAGUGCGUCUCCAAGGACUGGCUCAGCCUCAUCGACCACCCCGAUCACCGCAGGAAGCUCCCUCAAACCCUAGCAGGCUUUUUUUACACUAGGAGCGACAACGGGGAGUUGCCUCUGGAAACAGAAGUCCGCUUCGCCGGUGUCUCGGGGAAACGCUGCCCUCCAGUCGACACCUCUUUUGCCUUCCUGCCCAGCCACCGGCGCGUCGAUCUACUAGACUGCUGCAAUGGCCUCCUCCUCUGUCGCUGGUAUGGCGUUUCCGCUCUUGGUGAUGAGUUUUGUUACAUCGUGUGCAAUCCUGCCACGAAGGAGUGGGUUUCGUUGCCCGACCGUAGCCAUGAAAACAAGGUGGGCAUAGAGCGUCUGGGUUUCGAUCCGACCAUGUCUUCCCACUUCUAUGUGUUUGUGUUGCUAGAGAAUGUCAACUUUAAUGCCUACCUUGCUGAAGUGGAAGUGUAUUCGUCGGAAACCAAGAGAUGGGUUUACAAGGAAAUUGGAUGGAACAAAAGAAUUGUGCUUCCCGCUGAGCAGUCUAGCGCUGUCUUCCUCAACGGUUGUUUGCAUUUUUACUCCUUCGGCAAAAGGUCACCCUUUUUUAUAGGUGUGGUAGACACGGCGGGGGAAACAUCAAUGAACUUCCAUAUCCUUGAUAAUUUGAAUAAUGGUUUUAUUCAGCACUCACAGGACUGUCUGCAUUAUGCCAAGUUCAAGAGAGGUGAUGGUAAUGUGGUUUGA